AUUGUAAUUGCACAUUUUUUUAACAAUACUUUCAUUUUUGCACAUGAGCUAUUAUUACAGACAUCUAUAAUUGGAUCAAUCAAUAUUUCCAUAUAAAUUGGUUCUGUGACUUAUCACCCGAUACAGAGGUGAUGAAAAAAAAUAACCGGGUGUGUAUCUAUAUCAAAGUCCAGUGACCAAAAAAAAGGUCUGAGAGAGUUCUGACUGGUCCACCUCCUUCCAGAGCUGCCCAGAUAGGGGUCAUUACCUUAAGACAUGAGAACCUACAAGCUAAAGAUUGCAACAGGGACUGACCUGACUGCUGGGACCUGUGACCAAGUCUCCAUUGUUCUUAUGGGAGUCCUGGGAGAAAGUUCUAAACAUAAUCUGAAUCAUAAGUGGAGUAACUUCAGACCUGGAGCAGUGACUGACUUUGAAGUUGACAUUGAGAAGGAUCUUGGAGAGCUCCUGCUGAUCCGGCUAUCCACACUGACCUACAAGAGUUUUAAUACAGUUGCUUGGUACUGCCAUUAUGUCAAUGUGACCUGCCCUAAUGGUCGGUGCUACCAGUUUCCUUUUUAUCAAUGGUUAGCUACUAAUAUGACUGUGGAAAUACCAGAAGGAAAGGGCAUAAUAUUAUCCAGGAACACUCACCCUCUUCUCAAGCAACAAAGAAGAGCAGAACUGGAGAAGAAGAGAGAAACUCACAAGUGGAAAUGUUAUGCAGAAGGUGCCCCUCGCUGCAUUGAUGUAGACAAGGUUGAGAAUCUGCCCAGUAAUGACCAGUACUCCUUCUUAAAACUGAGCAGCUUCAACUACUCCAAGACAGCCUUGGGACUUGAAAUGGUGCAGGAAGGUUUCACAAGUGCAGAAUCAUGGACUGAUCUAGAUGAUAUCAAGCUGGUCUUCUGCAUGAGAGGGUUUGAUAACUCAGAUGUGGUGGCUGAGAUAUGGAAGGAGGAUUACUUCUUCGGUAGUCAAUAUUUGAAUGGAAUUAAUCCUAUCCAAAUCAAGAAAUGCUCAAAAAUCCCUGAGAACUUCCCAGUUAGUGACAACAUGGUGGCUGCAUCUCUGGGGACCACCACCAGUCUUCAGAAAGAACUAGAGAAAGGCAACAUCUUUCUGGCAGAUUACAAGAUUCUGCAGGGGAUUUCUGCCAAUAAAUCCAUAAAUGGAAAGCAACAAUACAUGGCUGCUCCUAUGUGUAUACUGUGGAAGAAUCCUCAAGACCAACUUGUCCCAAUAGCCAUCCAGUUGGCUCAAACCCCAGGAGAGAAUGCUCCAAUCUUCCUGCCCAGUGACUCUGAAUCUGACUGGCUGCUGGCCAAGAUCUGGGUCCGCAAUUCUGACUACCAGGUGCAUGAGGUGGUCACUCACCUUCUCCACACUCAUCUCUUUGCUGAGGUCUUCAACAUUGCAACCACUAGACAACUUCCAAUGGGCCACCCAGUGUACAAGCUAAUUAUUCCACAUCUUCGUUACACCCUUGAGAUCAAUGUCUUGGCCAGAUCUAUUCUCAUUGGUCCUGGAGCCCUCUUUGAUCAGGCUAUAGCAAUUGGAAAAGGAGGGAUUCCAAUAUUGCUGAAAAAGGCAAUGGAUGGGGUCACUUACAGCAGCCUUUGUCUCCCCGAUGACAUCCAGGCAAGAGGAGUGAAGUCCAUUCCCAAUUACCUGUACAGGGAUGAUGGGAUGAAGAUCUGGUUGGCUGUAGAGAGCUUUGUGUCCAACAUUGUAAAUUACUACUAUGAAUGCGAUGUGGAUGUCAGUACAGAUCCUGAACUUCAGGCCUGGGUGGCAGAGAUCUACAAAGAAGGUUUCUUGGAGAAUACAUCUACAGGAAUGCCCUCAUCCUUGGAGACCAAGGCCUCUUUGAUCAAGUACCUGACCAUGAUGAUCUUCACUUGUUCUGCUCAGCAUGCAGCUGUUAACAGUGGUCAGUCAGACUUCUAUACCUGGAUGCCUAAUGGUCCCCCAUCAAUGAGAAGUCCCCCUCCCACAGUAAAAGGGGUCAGCACAACCCAAAGUAUCCUGGCUGCACUGCCUGAAGUAAACACUACCAGUUUGGGCAUAUCCACUGUGUGGCUGCUCAGUAAAGAGCCAUUAGACCGGAGACAUCUAGGAAAUUACCCUGAUGUGCGUUUUACAGAGGAGGUUCCUCAGACAUUCAUAAAGAAUUUCCAGGAGAAGCUGGCUAAGAUCUCCCAUUCCAUUAAAGGGCGGAACAAGAACAUGAAAUUGCCAUAUCCCUACUUGGACCCGAGUGUGAUUGAGAACAGUGUCUCCGUAUAACAUGAGCAGUGGCAAUGGAUAGAAACAUAGAAUUUGACGGCAGAUAAGAACCACUUGGCCCAUCCAGUCUGCCCCCUUUUAUUUUUACCAUAUUUUUAUCUUAAACCUUAUUUGAUCCUUUUUUCUUUGUAAGGAUAUCUUUAUGUCUAUCCCAUGCAUGUUUAAAUUGCUCAACUGUCUUGGCCUCUACCACCUCUGAUGGGAGGCUAUUCCACUUGUCCACUACCCUUUAUGCGAAGUCAUUUUUCCUCAAAUUUCCCAUGAACCUACCUCCCUUCAGUCCCAGUGCAUGUCCUCGUGUCCUAUUGAUUCUCUUCAUUUAAAGAAUGUUUCCCUGGACUUUGUUAAAACCCUUGGUAUAUUUGAAAGUUUCUAUCAUGCUCCCCCCCCCCCCCCCUUUUUCCUUCUCCGCUCCAAACUAUACAUAUUGAGAUUUUUUAGUUUUUCUUGGUAUGUUUUGUAGUUGUACUUCUUUGUACAGUCUCUAAUGUAUUAAUAUCUUUUUGAAGAUAUGUCCUCCAGAAUUGAACACAGUUUUCUAGAUGAGGCCGUACCAAUGACCUAUACAGUGGCAUUAUUACUUCUUUCUUUCUUCUGCUGAUUCCUCUCCCAAUGCAGCCAAGCAUCUGACUAGCCUUCCUCAUUGCUUUGUUACAUUGCUUACCUACCUUUAAGUCACCUGCAAUAGUGACUCCUAGAUUCCUUUCCUCCUCAGAAGUUUCCAGGAUAGUUCAUUAAUACUAUAUUUAGCCUUUGGAUCUUUGAGACCAAAGUUCAUGAUUUAGCAUUUUUUGGCAUUAAACUGUAAUUGUCACACUCUUGACCAUUCCUCUAGUCUACCUAGAUCCUCAAUCAUUUGUUUUACCCCACCUGGUGUGUCUACCCUGUUGCAUACCUUUGUGUCAUCUGCAAAAAGGCAUACUUUUCCUUUAAUGCCAUUUGCAAUGUCACCAAUAAAGAUAUUAAAAAGCACUGGUCCAAGUACAGAUCCCUGGGGUACUCCACUGGUAACAUUUCCCUCCUGUGAAUGCACUCCAUUUACUACAAAUCUCUGUUUCCUAUCCUGCAACCAAGAUCGUAUCCAUUCAACAAUAUUGGUACCCAAUCCCAAGCAUUCAAGUUUAUUUAGUAGUCUGCGAUCUGGAACAAUGUCAAAAGCCUUAUUAAAGUCUAGAUAAGUCAUAUCCACAGCUCCACCUUUAUCCAUCACUUUAGUCACACAGUCAAAAAAGUCAAUAAGGUUUGUUUGAAAUGAUCUCCUUCCAGUGAAUCCAUGAUGUUUGGGAUCCUGUAAAUUGCAGGAUUUGAGAUAAUCUACAACUCUUUUAAGAGUGUUUCCAUCAAUUUCCCUACUACUGAUGUAAGACUCACUGGUCUUAUCCAGUCCUCUAGAAUUACUCCUGUAGCUAAUGACUGGUUGAAUAAUUAUGUUAUUGGUGCUACCAGCACUUCUUUAAGCUCUUUUAGUAUCCUUGGAUGUAUCCCAUCUGGCCCCAUAGAUUUGUCCACUUUCAGCUUUGAGAGUUCUGUUAGGACCUCCUCCUCUGUAAAUGUACUUGUUUCAUUUUCCUGAAUAUCCCUGCAAUGUAACUGUGGCCCCUUCCCCUCUCUUUCAGUAGUGAAUACUGAGCAAGAAUAAUUAUCAUGAUGAUCUGCUAUUACAUUGUCUCCCUCAACAAGUCUCCCAGUCUGUCUUUAGUUUUAUUAUUCCGCUUUUGUUUUCUCCUUUCGCUUAUAUACCUGAAUAAAAGUUUUGCCUCCUUUACCCACUGACUGGGCCAUUUUCUCCUCAGCUUGUGCCUUUUCACAUCUGAUUACUGUACCUUCUUAUGGUGCCUAUACACUUGUGCGAUACCCCACGAUGCGAUAUCGCUGGGUAUCGCACCUGAACUGCCAAAGUGAUUACCAUGCGAUAGAUUGCAUGGUAAUCACGUGAUGGGCACGUCACCGCCGAGUGGGAGCGGCCUCCGUCCGCUCCUGGCGGGUGUCCAUCACGCAUCGAAGUGCGAUAUAUCGCAUGUGUUUUUAAAACACAUGAGAUCACACUGCGAUUCGAUACAUAUUAAGUGCAGCACAUACUAUCUUGAGAUGCGAAAUUCGACCAGCGUGCCCAUGCAUCGCGUCGCAAGGUACCGAAAAUGUGCAUACAAUCCUUCGAUUUCUCUCACAGAUCCAGUUGAAAUCGAAGGUUAGCACCGAUUAUAUCACAAGUGUAUGGGCACCAUAAGUCUCCUUCUGUCUAACAAGAUUUAUCUCAUUGUGUUCAUUAUUUUGUGUCUGCUUAGAUUUCCUAAAAGCCAUCUUUUUUGCUUUCACAAUACUUGCUACUUCUUUCACAAACCACACUGGCUUCCUUUUCCUUGUGUUUUUCCUAACACAGUCUAUUGACUAUGCUUGAACUGGGAUACAUUCAAUAUCCCGGCACUCAGCAUACCGGCGCCGAGAUCCUGACUGCCAGGAUAUCGACCGCCGGGAUACCGACACCUAUUCCCCCUCUUGGGGUGUCCACAACAGCCGUGGAGGGAGAAUAAAUAACAUCACGCCCGCAACGUGGCGAGUGCAGCGAACUUGCAAGGGGCUUUUUUGCUACAGCAAGGAAAUGAGAAAACCUCGUAUAAGCGCUGCUGAUAUAACAAAAUAGUAUACAUUCCUUUUAUAUUGUAUGGUGGUGUCCUUGAUUUCUCAGUCUUUUCUCCUUGUCCACACAAAGUUUUUAUUGUGCAUGAAAGAUACAAAAUAAACAAACAAACAAUGUGUAGUAUUGUC